GCGGGGCCGGGCUUGGCAUGGGGUGGGGCGGAGGGCGGGACGGGGAGCCGGGAGGUGAAAGCGCGGCUCCCGCGGCCCGCUGUAUCCCCUUCCCGCUCGCGCUGCUGUGGGACAGGCGGCGGACUAGGCGCAGAGCUGCGGGAGCAGGCAGAGGGAGUGUGGAGCCUGGAGGCGGGACGGCGGGAUCCGGUGGGAGCCGGGGUCCCGCCGAGGGGGGCUGGAGGUGGCGGGGCCCUGUGAGGCGGCGAUGAAGCCUAGCGGUGAGGACCAGGCGGUGCCCGCGGCCGGCCCCUGGGAGGAGUGCUUCCAGGCGGCAGUGCAGCUGGCGCUGCGGGCGGGACAGAUCAUCAGGAAGGCCCUGACUGAGGAAAAACGUGUCUCAACAAAAACAUCAGCUGCAGAUCUAGUGACAGAAACGGAUCACCUUGUGGAAGAUUUAAUUAUUUCUGAGUUGCGAGAAAGGUUUCCUUCACACAGGUUCAUUGCAGAAGAGGCCGCAGCUUCUGGGGCCAAGUGUGUGCUCACCCACAGCCCGACCUGGAUCAUCGACCCCAUUGAUGGCACCUGCAAUUUUGUGCACAGAUUCCCGACCGUGGCGGUCAGCAUUGGAUUUGCUGUUCGACAAGAGCUUGAAUUCGGAGUGAUUUACCACUGCACAGAAGAGCGGCUGUACACGGGCCGGCGGGGCCGGGGCGCCUUCUGCAACGGCCAGCGGCUCCGGGUCUCCGGGGAGACAGAUCUCUCAAAGGCCUUGGUUCUGACAGAAAUUGGCCCCAGGCGUGACCCUGCGACCCUGAAGCUGUUCCUGAGUAACAUGGAGCAGCUGCUGCAUGCCAAGGCACAUGGGGUCCGAGUGAUCGGAAGCUCCACAUUGGCCCUCUGCCACCUGGCCUCAGGGGCUGCGGAUGCCUAUUACCAGUUUGGCCUGCACUGCUGGGACCUGGCGGCUGCCACAGUCAUCAUCAGAGAAGCAGGUGGCAUCGUGAUAGACACUUCGGGUGGACCCCUCGACCUCAUGGCUUGCAGAGUGGUUGCUGCUGGCACCCGGGAGAUGGCGAUGCUCAUAGCUCAGGCCUUACAGACGAUUAACUAUGGGCGGGACGAUGAGAAGUGACCGCAGCUGAGGCAAAGCUGCUCCCAAGGCCUCCCUAGGCUACUGUGGGCUCCUGGGGAGGUGGCCCUGGUGGCCCACGCUCCAUGCCAGUGGCUCAUGCUCUGUUCCUCGCUACCCCAGAGGGAGCUGCCACGCUACAGUGAGUGGCUGGCCUUUUAAAUCCAUGUCUCUCUCACCGGGAUUUUUGGUGUUAAGCUGUUUCUUUCUUUAAUCUCAUGUAGCCUUUUUCAGGUUAGUACGCGUUCUUCUGUCAGGGCCGAAACGCAAAUCUCCUGUGAAAUAUGUAUUGAUAAUCCAAUCUUGAUUUUUCCCCCUCAGAAUAUAAAUCUCAGGUAAUAAGACUUUAGAGCUGCUGAUAAAGCAGACUGUUCUCAGGCCCUUCCCCCCCGGGGUACUUCAGAAUGCAAUAAAUCAAAAUAACGGC